GAGAGAGAAAGAAGGACAGAGGGACAGAGAGACAGAGAGAUGGCUUCCUCCAGAGGAAUUUCCGCCCUUCUCGCCCUGUGCGUCCUCUUCCCCACCGACGUUGCUCGACCGGAAGCGAGGGAGCUGCGGCCCUCCGAUCACGGGCUGCAGUUCCAGGAUCCGCCGCCCGCCGGGGCGAAGCCGUCCCCGGAGAUGGCGUCCUUCUUCGGGGCGCCGCCGUCCCCUCCCAACUCGUCCGCGUCGUCGUCUCCGGCGGCGCCGCUCCCGGACGCGACGGGCUCGAGCGACGACUUGGGGUGGCGAGGAGCCUCGUACGGCGGCGACGGCGGGGAAGCAGGGAGGAGGAGGAGGAGGAGAGAUCGCGUGAGAGGGGCGCUCCUGGUGGCGAGCAUCGUGUGCGGGAUCGCCGGCGUCGCCCUGCUGUUCGCUUCCGGGCUGGUUUUUCUCUUCAAGUUCCGAAAGGAGAGGAGGUCCACAGCGGCGGCGGCGGCGGCGGCUCCGCCUCCCCCUCCGCUCCGGCCGCCGCUGCCGCUGCUGCUUCCGCCGCCGCCGCCGGCGUCCGGGCGGUCGGGAGAUUGUAAGAAGUGAACCCGGUUUGCGGUUAUCAUUGCUGUCGAUGGUAGUGCUGUAGUCGAUUCUUGCCAAACGUCAUGUAAAUUAUGUGAAGAAUAUCACCAAAAUUAUUCAUUACUCCAAAGAAAAAAAGCAACCUUGCUAUGAUAACGCCGGUUCCUUUCUUCUUGA